UUUUUUUUCUAGCGUUAUAACGAUUUAGCGAAAAAAGAGCACUACUGCACUAUUAAGUGGUUGACUGAUGAAUAUAUUUUUUCCCUUUCCUGUUAGAGCAGUGGUAGGGGCACUCACCUCCUGCACUCUGCAGCCAACACAUGCUUUUUUAUUGGGGACGCAGGCUUACGUGGCCCAAUGAAAAUGGAAGUGUUGGUUGGAGAGUGCAAAUGUCGAUUGUUCCUAGCAUUGUCCUUGCUGUCAUCAUUGCAGAAUUUUCAAUGGGGACUUCGGGAGGAGCCAGUUCUAUAAAGGCAAAACCAUAAGUUAAGCCGCUAAACCAACCCCAGAAUAGCUAUUAAGCCUCUAGAUAAAUUUAAUUGGAUAGU